CACCGCAGCGCACCGCCCCACGGCCGGCGCGCUGCCCGGUGCCGUGCUGCAUGGCCGGAGAGCUGGUUGUGGGGAGCGCGCUGGGGGGCAGCGGGAGCGCGCCCCACGGCCGCCCCUUCAUCUGCUCGUUCCCGGGCUGCGACUCUUCCUUUAACAAGGGUUGGAAGUUGGACGCGCACCUCUGCCGGCACACGGGCGAGAGACCCUAUGUCUGCCCUUACGAUGGCUGCGGUAAAGGCUUCACCAGAGACUUCCACCGCGCUCGACACAUUCUUACGCACACCGGGGAAAAGCCGUUUGAGUGCACAGCUGAUGGCUGCAAUGAGAAAUUCAGAACAAAGUCAAACUUAAAGAAGCACAUUGAGCGCAAGCAUCAGAAUCGGAAAAGGCAAUAUGUGUGUGACUUCGAGGGCUGUAAUGAGUCUUUCAGGAAGCAUCAACAACUUAAAGUUCAUCAGUGUUACCACACCAAUGAGCCUCCCUUCAAAUGUAAUAAUGAAGGAUGUGGAAAGUGCUUUUCUACCCCAAGUCAUCUGAAGCGGCACGAAAAGAUUCAUGAAGGCUAUGCAUGCAAGAAAGAAGACUGCUCAUAUACUGGAAAAACUUGGUCAGAGCUUCUGAAACAUAAUAAAGAAAGUCAUGCAGACAUAAUCAUUUGCAGUGAGUGUAACAAAACUUUUAAAAGGAAAGAUUACCUCAAGCAGCAUCAAAAAGUACAUGCUGCUGAGAGGGAGGUCUGCAGAUGCCCAAAAGAAGGAUGUGGGAGAACUUACACAACUGUAUUUAACCUUCAAAGUCAUAUCCUCUCUUUUCACGAGGAGCAAAAACCAUUCUCUUGCAAUUAUCCAGGCUGUGGAAGAACAUUUGCAAUGAAGCAGAGUCUAGCAAGGCAUGCAGUUGUACAUGAUCCUGAAAAGAAAAAGCUGAACUUGAAAAAAAAGCGCUCUCGUCCUAAGAGGAGCUUAGCCUCUCGUUUGAGCGGCUACAUUCCUCCUAAAACACAGCCAGGGAUGGAUGCUGUUGUGACACAAAGCAAGACAAUGGAUAAGCCCAUGGAAAGUGAAAUACCAGCUGUUGAAAUUCUGACUCUGCAGUAAAGGUGGACUGAGACGACAUUCUUCAUGGAAUAAUCAAUGUUUAGGAAGGUUACCAGAGGAAUUAAGCCAUUUCCUAACACUUAGGCUGAAUUCCUGACUCAUCCUGUUUUUGCUGUUUGAAGAUGUCCAGGAAAGUGGACUGCAUCUGACUCAUCCCCACCAUCCUCUUCCACUAGAUUUGGACAUUCCUCUUAAGGGGCAGUAUUGUUCUAAGGUCAGCAGAACCUGGUAGUAUUGAACUCACUGAUACAGUGGAUUCAUAUAACAAGCUGAACUCUUAAGCUCACAAUCAAGCUUUUAAAUUUAAGGACAUAAAUCUGGAUAUCCAGUUCUUCCUGUUACUCUUUCCCUGUGAAUUCAACUUCUAUGAAAAGUUUUUGUUCCUUUUGGAUGAAUCAAUAUCACAGUUUUCUUCGACAAAUUUAGUAGAGAAGAUCAUCAGGGAAACCUAAUUCACUGCACAUAUUAAAAGGAAAAAAGAAAACAAAUUCUUACACGGAAUCUUUACAAAAAAAGCCACUUGCGCAAAUGACAGUGGAAGCAAGUUCAAGGCCCUGCAGUUAUACUAGUAAGUAAGUUGCCACCAGCUCCCCAACUUAUUUAUAGAUGUUUACUUUGCCAGUCUUGGAACACUAUCCCAGUCGUUUUUCACACAGCAGUGGGCAACUAACAUUAGCCACCAUUGCACAAAUGCAACAGUUAGAUUAAUGAAAUAAUCCAGCUAAAAUAGCAGCAGAGUCUUUUUUAAGCCUUACUACUAAACUUUUCAGUGAGUGACCUGGCUUAAGGCAUUGGCAAGGAAAUUUCACCAGCACAGUUAAUAAGGUGGGGCUGCAAAGGAGUAGGAACUGUUUAGACUCUGCUGUCAAGGCCAGUACUGUAAGUGCAUUCUUAACGCAUGGUGUUUGAUAUGCCUCUAUGGGACUACUUUCCUAGAACUGCAGUGUUUGAACAGAAGCAGCUGAAGGUGGGACAGCCAUUCCUCUAAUGGGACACAGACCUUCACUUAUUUUUAGCAGUACAUGAUGUAUUAAAACAGUACUGAAUAGAGAGAAUACAAGUACAGUUAUGUAAUGAAACUGGUUGGUUCAGCUUUCAGAAGUGCACUUACCAUGUCUGUAUUGCUGUCUUUCGCUUGCCGGAUGGUAAUUUUAACUUGGUAUUUCUUUUCAAUCCA